GAAAGGUACGAAGAUGGCCGCGAUCGCCGCCGACGUGGAGGCCGGGCUGGAGUCGGUGUUCCCGCAGGAGCUGGGGCUCUUUGCAGAUGCCUUCCCGGAGGAGGCCCGUUACCGGUUCUGCGGGCACGAUCUGAGCAUCGCCCAGCAUCACGGCGCCCAGCUGGGGGUGGCUGCGCCGGUUUGGGAGGCGGCUCUAACCCUCUGCGACUAUUUCGAGGCACAGAAACUGAAUUUCUGGGGCAAGAAGGUUAUAGAACUGGGUGCUGGGACGGGCCUCGUGGGCAUCCUUGCAGCCCUCCUUGGUGGUGAUGUGACCAUCACAGACCUUCCUGUGGCCAUGAAGCAGAUAGAGGAGAAUGUCCGCCGGAACGUGCCUGCAGAAUGCAUGACACAAACCAGAGUUUGUGCUCUGUCGUGGGGUGUGGACCACAAAGACUUCCCCCCAAAUUAUGACUUCAUCCUGGGUGCAGAUAUUGUCUAUCUCAAGCACACCUACCCCUCGUUGAUCAGGACUCUCCAGCAUCUAUGUGGUGCUCAGUCUACCAUCUACCUGUCUUCCAAAAUGCGUCAGGAGCAUAGUACAGCGCUUUUCUUUGAGACUCUGCUGCCUGUGCACUUCGCCACAAAGCUAGUCUUUAGAGAUGAGGUUGAGAAUAUUAAUAUCUACAAAGUGACCUGCAAAAGUGACAUCAGACAGUGAGCUUCCUGGUUUACCAUUUUUUUAAAAAACAACAACAGUGUUUUUAAUCCAGAAGUCUGGGGUGGGGUGAAGCAUUCAUCUGUGGUAGCUAUUAUCCAGAGUUCUCUACCCAUCAGCAAAUGGUAAUACAGUGGUACCUCAGUUUUUGAACGUCUCCAUUGAUGAACAUUUCGGUUUUCGAACGCCAUAAAGCCGGAAGUAAAUGCUUCGGCUUUCAAACACUUUUCAGAAGCCGAACAUGCCAUCUGGCUUCUGUAUUGAGCAUAGCUGCCAAGUUUCCCGUAUUCCCCAGGAAACCCCCGUUUUUCCGGCUGUUCCCAGCCGAAAAAAACAAUUUUUUUUGUUUUUCCCCAGUUUAAUCUGGCGUGGUGGCCAUUUUGGAACUGGGCGGAGCAUGCUCAGAAGCGACUUUUGAUGCUCCUCUGGCCAGUUCCAAAAUGGCUGCAGCGCGACUUCUGGUGCAGCGGCCAUUUUGGAACUGGGCAGAGCAGCAUCAAAAGUUGCUUCUGAGCAUGCUCCGCCCGGUUCCAAAAUGGCGGCAGCGCUACUUCCGGUCCGAUCCCUUAUUUUUCCGGCAGGAACUUGGCAGGUAUGGUAUUGAGUUUUUGGUUUUUGACCAUCUCAGAACUCGAACAGUCUUCCGGAACGGACUACAUUCAAAAACCGAGGUACCACUGUACUGUAUUUGUAAUAACUUAUCUUUGCUGGAUUGUUGCAGUAAGAAAAUCCCAGUCUACGGGUGAAAGGUCAUGCUCCCUCAAAAGGCAGUGUUUCCUGAGAGAGAUAUUGCCAUUAUUAUUAUUAUUAUUAUUAUUAUUAUUAUUAUUAUUAUUAUUAUUAGCAUAUUGUCCUACAUCUGUCAAUCUUAGGGCAGUGCCCCGGUUGUGGGCUUUCUGGUGACAUCUGGUUGCUUACUGUGAGAACAGAAUGAUGGCCUAGUAGACAGACAUUUGUUCUGAUCCAUCAAGCUCUUCCUAAGUGUUCAUGUGACAUGCAUUUCCAUUAUGUUGUUGUUGUUUAGUCGUUUAGUCUUGUCCGACUCUUUGUGACCCCAUGGACCAUAGCACGCCAGGCACUCCUGUCUUGCACUGCCUCCCGCAGUUUGGUCAAACUCAUGUUCGUAGCUUCGAGAACACUGUCCAACCAUCUCGUCCUCUGUCGUCCCCUUCUCCUAGUGCCCUCAAUCUUUCCCAACAUCAGGGUCUUUUCCAAGGAUUCUUCUCUUCUCAUGAGGUGGCCAAAGUAUUGGAGCCUCAGCUUCACGACCUGUCCUUCCAGGGAGCACUCAGGGCUGAUUUCCUUAAGAAUGGAUAGGUUUGAUCUUCUUGCAUUUCCAUUAUAUUCCCUAGUUAUUUCAGGGUGGUGCCACCCCCACUGUUAUGAUUCUCAAGGCCUUCAAAAGGCUUCACUGAGACCCUGGGCCACAUUGUCUGUUGUGAAAAAGUGACAUGUUAGUGAAGGCUACUGAACCAUUCCUGCUUUGUUCUACCCUUCCUGGAGCGCCCAGCCAUGUGCCUUGGCUUACGGUCACAUGUUCCCCCAAACAAAUCCCAAUUGGUAAGCCAGGAGCAGGGCCAUCUUAAGCAUAUUCGGCGCUGUGGUGCCCCACCGUUUCCCAGAGUUGUCGACCUUUUCCCAAGCCUCUGCAGGGAUCACUCUCCUCCUGUGGAGGCUUGGGAAGGAAGCUGCAUGUCCACCAGCCAUAUAGUUGGCGGUGCGCAGCUUCCAUCCUAAGCCUCUGCGGGGAUCGCUCUCCUCCCGCGGAGACUUGGGACGCAAGCUGCACGCUCACCAGCCAUAUGGUUGAUGGGGCGCAGCUGGUAGGCGUGCAGGAGGGAAAGGGGAGGCCAUUGGCAAAGCCGCGCAGCUCCCCCACUCACUGGGGCGCCCCUGAAAGGCCGGCGGCCUGGUGCAAGGCACCAGUAAACCCAAUGGGAAAGACGGCUCUGGCCGGGAGCAAGCAUGGUAAGCCAAGCUUCAGUUUGUUGCUCCAGGGAUGGUGGAACAAGAAUUGGAGCAACUUGGCAGCAUUCACUUGUUUCUGAUUUACCAUGAUACACGAAUGGGUCCAUUUAAACAUUCCUGGGUAAAUGGAGAGUCUGCAGCUCUGUGCACAGGAGAGCAGGAACUCCAGAAUGUGAUCUGGCUGACAGGAGCUGCUUACUUCUUUGGUGACAGGAGUUUCUUACUUCUUUGGUGUAAUAUUUUGCAAGUGUGCGUCUGUGGCACCAAGCAGAGAAGGCAUGUGUUCUAGAUUGUGCCAUUAGAAUUAAUGUGUUUGGCACUCUGGUAUUCUUUUCUAAGUGAAAUUUGUAAAACUACUUUUUUUACCUUUAAUAAUGAUCCUGGUUCAAAAAAGAAAAUAUUACUUUAGUAACUCCAGGGCAAGGGACCUGAAGCAUUACACAAGUGCUUUAAAAGACACUAUGAUGCCUUUUCUCAUUUUAAGAGAUGCUUUUUUAAAAAAACAAUUUUGUGAUUUCAUAAAAAGAUGGAUAUAUCAUUUCUACAAGGAUAAUGUUAUCUUUUUAAAGAUGGCUUAAUAUCAUACAUGCCUAUGCACUAUGUAUUUCUAUUUUGCACUAAGGUACUAUCUCAUUGGAGGGAUGCAGGUGGCGCUGUGGAUUAAACCACAGAGCCUAGGGCUUGCUGAUCAGAAGGUCGGUGGUUCGAAUCUUCGCAACAAAGUGAGCUCCCGUUGCUCAGUCCCAGCUCCUGCCAACCUAGCAGUUCGAAAGCACGUCAGAGUGCAAGUAGAUAAAUAGGUGGGAAGGUAAAUGGUGUUUCUGUGCGCUGCUCUGGUUCGCCAGAAGCGGCUUUGUCAUACUGGCCACAUGACCUGGAAGCUGUACGCCGGCUCCCUUGGCCAAUAACGCGAGAUGAGCGCGCAACCCCAGAGUCGGUCACGACUGGACCUAAUGGUCAGGGGUCCCUUUACCUUUACCAUCUCAUUAUUAAUUUCCUUAUUAUAUAAAUUAUUAAUAGGUAGCAUUUUUAGGGACCCUGGUUUCAGUUCAAUUUGUAUAAUAUCUUAAGGAAGCUAUGCAUGUAAGAUUUUACUUAACAUGUGAAUUACAGAAGCUAUUUAAAGUAAUAUUCUCUACAUUUGCAUUUUUUAAAGCGUCUCAGAGCUGCGUUGCAAGAGAAUACAUCCCAGCAUCCCUGAGACCAUAAGGAUUUAUAGGUGAUUAGCUGAAUGAAUUUUUCUGUGCAGUACGUACAUGGUUCCCUCCUCUUGUCUAUCAGUUGUUUAAUUGCUUGUAUUUCCAAGCACUUAAUAUAGUAUAGUACUUUUAAAGUUAUCAUUAGUCCUUAUAAUGACCCUGUAGAGUAGAUUAGUCCUGAUCUUUCUGUAUGACAGCAGAGAGUGAGGGAGCAUGCUGAACAACAGGCUUCCUAACCCAUGCUGUUAAUCACGGAUAUGGGGAGUGCAACAUUGCUCAGUUGUCAUGGGCCUGAUGCUGUUGCAGUCCAGAAGUAGUACAGGGGAAAGGCAUAUGAAACAGCAAUUGUGGAAUGAACCAUCUCCAGCAACCACAGCCUCAAAAGCUUGCUUUAUGUCUCUUCCACAAGCCUAGGCAGUGUGCAUGGAGGUCCUGGGUGGCCCAGACAACAAGACUCACCUUUCAGCCUCACUGGUGUGGUCCAAAGGAAAGCAGAGCAAUACAUUUGGCACCAGCUUGGCUGCAGGAGUCGCCAGGAGGAGAUGUACAAGACACCAUCCUUCUUAGUGACUCUAAAUUUGUGUGGAGUUUACUCCUUAGCCUUUUCUUCUCCUGAAGAUAGCCCGCAAGGCAGCAGAAGUUUAGGAUCAGAGUUUUCCUUCUCCUAGAUAGAUAGGCUACCUCCCCUAUUCUAUGUACAAACGCUGACUAGAUUGACGGCCGGAGCAUGCUUUAAAACUGGUGAUGGGACCGCCAGUUCAAACCCCAUCAAUUAAUAUGUGAAAUUAGGAUUUUACAUCACUGGGAUGGCCAGGUGUGAGCUAGGUUUGAACCCAGCCACAGUUUAAUAAUUCAACACACACUCCCCAUGGCCCUUCCAAACUGUGGCAACGUAGUCUACUUUUAAGUGUUGUUGUUAUUUAUUAUUACAUUUCUAUGUAGCCCUAUACAUCCAAGGAUCACAGGGUGGAUUACAAUAUAAAAUCACAAAUAUACAAACCUUAAUAAUGAAUGAAAACCAUACAUGUUUUGCCUCACACCUCACAUAUGUAAUGAAGGGGCCAGACGAGCUGCUCUGGGGAGAGCCUUCCAGAAGUGGGGCGCCACCACAGAAAAGGCCUGUUCUCGUGUUGACACCCUUUGGACCUCUUGAGGAGGCACACAAAGAAGGGCCUUAGAUUAGGAUCACAGGGUCUGGACUGGUUCAUAUGGGGAGAGGCGGUCCUUGAGGUAUCGCAAUCCUGAGCCAUUUAAGGCUUUAUAGGUCAAAGCCAACACUUUGAAUUGGUCCUGGAAACUAACUGACAAGCAGUGCAGCCAAACCGGGAUAAGCUUGCAAGGAUAAGUAUUGAUAAGCUUGCAAGACAAUCAGGUUAUGUUUAAUUGCUGGGGGAAAUGCAAGCUAAAAUAUAUGAUGGAAGUGGAAGUAAAGAGAAGAGUGGGUGGUCUUCCAAAAGCAGGUCAUCUGUAUGAAAACACAGAGCCUGUUGUGACUAUCCCUAUGUUGCAGGUUGGGGAAGAAACCAGCAGUUGAGAGAUGUCUUGGGCCGGCCCUGGAUGUUAGGGAUAUUUGAUGCAGGAUGUCCAUCUUUUUGUACAAUGACCCAAGGGUGUUCAGUGGUGCUUAAGGGAGCUGUAGUGGAAAUGAAGCCAGCGGGGAAUAUAGGGAUGGAGUCCUGUUGUGACCACACCAAAAACACUCGGGCUGCAGCAAGAAUAAGGCUGCAAUCCUAGACCCCAUUGAAUUCGAUGGGUCUUACUUCUGAGUAGACCUGGUGAGGGUUGCACUGCGAAGCCGCCUCAGCCCUUCCACCCUCACUUGGAAUCGGAGGCGCGGUCUUUGCACAGUUCUCUUUUCUAUCACUUUUGCAUUAUAAAUAUACUGUAUCAUUGGAUUGCUUUUAACAUAAAGGCGAAAAUAGAGGUUCCGAAGCAAACCCGGAACUUGCAACGUGAGCGCCGCUCUAUAACUUUCGUUUUCCUUGGCGCCACCUCCCCCCAGCUGCUGCAGCCAAUGGUGUGCGUCGAGCGAACUAGAACCCGGUU